AUGGCCGGAAACACUAGUUCAUCCGACGACAUCACUCGCCGCUUCGAAGCCAUGGAGCAGCGCAUCAACAUCCUCCAAAGGGAAAACGAAGCGCUGCAAUCCCAAGUCAGGUCUACCGCCUCCAUCGCCACCGGAUCCAGGUUCCAAUACCGACGCGACACCUCCGGGCUGAACCGCCGCUUGGAUCUGGAUGCUGCCCCGGAUCACCCCCUCCACGUACCCUUUGGCGAACCUGGAGGUCCUGUUCUCCAGCAGAUCCGCGAGUUCGAUCCACUACCGAAUCAUCCCCGCUCUAACCCGAGUUGGCUUCCCCCACCUCCAACUCAACCAUUUUCCGCAGGAACAUCGACGACAACCGUCACCACGACGGCUGCUCGGGUCAUCCCAUCUCAAGCCGGCACGACGACAUCCGCCAUGAUGUCGAUCCCUACCUCCGCUCCAGCAUCCCGACCGUUACCUCCCCCAAUGGUGACCAUGUCGAUGCCUCUACCCGUUUCACUCCCAACACCAGGAUUGGCGCCGGUAGCUCAGAUGCAACGGGACCAAAUCCUCUCCCAGCAAGUCGUCCAACCCGUUGUCAACGUAGUCGCUUCGGCACCAGGAACGCUCCCCCAGUUGAUGACAGCUCCCCCAGCCAGCCAGGCGCCACAAACAGUGUUGCCAAGCGCACUAAUGCGACCUGACUCUUCUCGAAACUAUUCUCCAUACACUCCUCUUAAUAGGUACCCACGCGACUCAAGGAACGCCCCAAUAUAUGCAGCAAGUGGUACCGCAGUUUACUCCCCACCAGCCUCAUGGCGUAUACCCCCAAAAUACCUAUUAUCAGCAUCUCCACGCCAGUCUAAUGAACCACCUUUCAAAGAUGGGGAAAGCAGUGCAAUGGCCGCCAAAGUCUAG